AUGGCCGACGCCUACGGGCGCGAAGAACAAAACAACGCCCUCCUCGCCUCCCUGUCCCAAAAAACUUCGGCGCUCAAACACAUCACGCUCGACAUCUACGACAAUGCGCGCUCGCAGUCCACGCUGGACAACACCAACGAGGUCUUCAGCAGCAUGUCGACAAACAUCCGCGGCAGCGCCGGGCGGUUGACGCGGAUGGCGAGACAGGGUGACAAAGUCGCGGUGCUGAAGGUCGCGGGCAUCGUGGUCGUGGGCGGGCUGCUGGUGUGGUGGGUUGGAGGGUGGAUCUUGGGACUCUUCCUGGGGAGGUAG